AUGGCUUGCGUUGCUGCUUGCUCCCUUGCUGCCCCCGCCGCUGGCCUCGCGGGCUCCUCCCUCGCUGCCCGCAAGACCGCCCGCGUCCAGCUCAAGUCAGGUAGCUUCGUGCGUGACUGGCUCCGCACCGACCUGUCAGUGAUCGGCUUCGGCUUCGUCGGGUGGCUCGCGCCUUCUAGCAUCCCCGCCAUCAACGGCAAGUCCCUCACCGGCCUCUUCUUUGAGAGCAUUGGCCCCGAGCUGGCUCACUGGCCCACUGGCCCCAGCAUUGACUCCCCCAUUUGGUUGUGGAUGAUCUUGUGGCACUUCGGUCUCUUCGCUUGCCUCUGGUGGGGCCAGAUCGGCUUCAAGUCUCGUGCUGAUGGCCUUGACAAGAUGUAA